UGUGAAGAGGAUCAGGUUUCCAUCUGUGUGGUUUGUGAUAGAUCCAAGGUGCACAAAAACCACAGUGUUAUUCCAAUGGAGGAGGCUGCUCAGCUUUACAAGGAGAAAAUAGAAUGCUGUGUGAAGAUUCUGAAAGAAAAGAGAGGCAAGAUCUUAUCAUUUAUAUCAGAUUCAGCCAAGUCAAGUGAUGCUCUGUUGCAGAGCAAGACAAAAGAUUGGAAGCAGAAACUGGUAUGUGAAUUUCAGCAACUAUACCAGGCUCUUGAGAAGGAGGAGCAACUCCUGUUGGUCCAGCUGGACAAGCUGGAAGGCGAUGUUAAGAAAAGAAAGACAGAGCAAGCAAAUGAGUUAUCUGUAGAGAUUUCCCAUCUUGACACCCUAACCGGUGAGCUUGAACAGAAGUAUCGGGAGUCACCAGUUGGUAUGCUACAGGAUAUUGGAACCACCCUCAAGAGGUGCAAGAGAGUAAGAUUUGAGCUUCCUGCUCUGCUUGAUACUGCAGAAGUAAUGAAAAAACUCCAGGAAUUCUUCACGGAGAGUGAGUCACUGCAGAAGGAACUGAAGAAAUUCAGAGAGACUCUGACUGAACCAAAGUGGAUAAAAGAGGAUGUGUUGCUGGACCCAGUGACAGCCCACCCUCAAUUUACCGUGUCUGAAGAUUUCAAAAGUGUCAGGUGGGGUCCUGUCCGUGAGGAGCUGCCCUACAAUGACAGGAGAUUUGACUCUGUCCGCUGUGUCCUUGGCUCACAAGGGUUCUCUUCAGGGAAGCAUCAGUGGACAGUGGAUGUGGAUCGUGGAACUUCCUGGGCUGUGGGUGUGGCCAGCAACUCUGUGAAGAGAAAAGACAUUUUCAGUUUAGUCCCAGAGGAGGGAAUCUGGGCUAUUGGCCUUUACAGUGGUCAGUACAAAGUUCUAACCUCACCCGCUACCAUUUUAAAUCUAAGCAAACGGGUGAGGAAGAUCCGGAUUUGUUUAGACUGUGAAGGAAAAACUCUGGCAUUUUUUGAUGCUGAAGAAAAUAAGUGCCUUUGUCUCUUUUCAAUAAUCAAUUUUAAGUCACCAAUAAUACAUCCAUUUUUCCGAAUUGGUGAUAUUAACACCAUCCUUCGUCUAUGUUAAAUGUUCCAUCACUGUCAAUAAGGACCUAGGCCUUAUUUAUCACACUAGCCAGUUAUAGUGCUAUUAUUCCACUUUAUCUGCCAUAGUUCCAUCAUGUGGAAUCCUGGGAUUGGCAGUUUAGGGAAGGCCAUUUGAAAUUCUCAGCCAGGUCUCUUCAAUGCCUUGUCACAGUACAGACCUAAGUAUUCCUUAGGAUAGAACUAUGGCAGUUAAAGUGGAAUAAUAGCAAUAUAACUGGGUAGUGUACAAGGGCCCCUCCUUGGUCAUGAAGCUUGGAAACAAAAUCUUCCAAGAAAGCAGUAGCUUGAACAGAACUCACUUUUGCCUAGUAUCAUAUUAUGCUAGCAGAAUGGCUGCUUUAGGUUUGCCUUAACAAGCUCUUUCUUAGGAGUCUAAAUGUAUUUUAAAUGGAACUGGAAGUCAAGUACUGGCAUAACCUAGCUAUUUGUGCUUGAAACAUUGUAAAGCACAUUUCUUAAAGGUAGAGUUUAGAUUCCUGUAAAUUACUUAUCUGCCUAUGAUAUGGUCUUUUAAAAUCCAAACAGUAAUUUUGUGCUGAAUUUCUAGGCCCAACAAAUAUAUUAAACUAGUUCCAGUUUUUAGCAAAAUGUUUUAUUAUUUUAUCUUCCUCAUAAGUGGGCUUUUGGUACUGUGGUACAGAUAAACACACUUCAUACAUGUGACAAGAUGCAUUUAAUUUAAAUUACAGCCUCUCUCAGAAAAUACAAAAAGGUGCAACCAGACAAGGAUUUGCACCCGUCUUCUAGGCAUUUUACUGUGAAAAGUGGAAUUUGAAAAUUAUACACAGAGAGAGAGAGAGAGAGAGAGUAUAUAUACCUACCCACCGUUCACAAUAGAGCCAUGUAUAUUUUGCAGUUGAAUGUUUGUGCCCAGAUAUUACUAGUAUUGAAAGAUAUAGCCAGUAGUCACAGCAGAGUGCAGUCAUCUUAUCCAAUAGACAACAGAGGAGAUAAAGGUUUGCAAAAAAAGUGAUAUUGUUUUAGCACUGUAAAUACAAAGAUUAAAGUAGAUCCACUUUGUUUUUAGUUGAGAUCUGUUUUGGAUAUGAUAUCUCAUAAUUCUUUGUAUCCUGGAAAUUUUUUAAUGCUUUUAAUGUAAAUAAUAAAAUUAAUUCAGAU